AUUUUUUAUUGAUUAAUAAUGGUGUUGAAAACAGGAAAAAUCCCAAUAACAUUCUUCACCUGAAUUUUGAAUUAGUUCGCAGCUAAUUCGUAAAUGAACGAAUCGGAAACGGAACGCACCCGUGUUUUUGUGCGCCUGGAACUGUCAUCAAUCCGUUUGCCAUAAAUUACAAUACAAAUAAAAAAGAAAUCAACGAAAAAAAAAACAUGUCGCAAUGUCGCAUUAUACUCAUGACACUAGUGUUUUCAGUGUUUUCGUUUAGUCAACAGUAAAUUUCCCAUGCAAUUCCGUUUGAUUUUGUUUGCAUUGAAUUUUAGUGUGGAUUUGUGUACGAAUUUCAUUUGAUUUGAAUGAAAUUAUCUUUGUGAUCCAUUCCAAACGCGUUGUAUUGAGUUUUAAUUCAUUUUUUUCUCCCCUGAAAUUAUAAAUCUUUGUGUGAAAUUACCCACAAUAAAUAAGCAAUGAGAAUCGACGAUUGUUGUUCAUUUGAAUGAAUGUAACCAAUGAGACAAGCACCACAUUUAGAUGAGCUUGUGUGACCGGAUUCAAUGGAAAUAGAUUCAAUAAAUGCUAUCUUGGGUACGUGAUAAAUUAACAGAAGGUCGUUUACGAUGGCACCAAAGUUUACAACAGCAACGAACCAGCACAUCACCGCCACCGCUUCCACCGCCCAACGCAAUCGAUUCACCCGCCACAACACCAAUCGAUAAUCCAUCCGCUGCGUCCAUUGAUUUGGAUGACAAUUCAAGUGUGGUACAACACCCGCCUGCCCUAUCAAUUGCUGCUACUCAUCAGCAGCAUCAUUAUCAUCGUCCAGAUGUCAAUCUAUCCCUUCAACUGCAUGACACCACUAUCAAACCAAAUGGAGCGACCACUAAAUACUCACACAUCUCGAGAAGAGAUCAAGGGGUCAACCGUGGAUUAUGUGUCAGCCAGUAUGACUCAUGGUCGGGCACUGGAAGCUAUGGUCAUCAUCAAACACCCACAUCGAUUGUCAUCAAUCGACGCGUAAACGAUCCAACUGUACCUUAUGUCAAUCUGCGAAUUUUCAAUUGCGUCGGUUCGAAAUGUACGAUUUGUGCACCGCUUACGCUCACCUUUGCCGAUGUUAAACGCAAAGUGGUGGCCGAAUUUCAUGCACGACGUCAACUAUUCUUGAAGCAAACAUGCCACACAAAAUCCGGUGAUUGUGCGGCGGGCAGCAGUAGCCGCGAUCGGAUUGAGGAACAAAAAAUGAGCUGUGAUAAUUUAGACUUAGUUCAACUCUCGCAACACUAUAAAUUAGCACGAAUUAGUAAACUGCACGAGAAUUUUGAUGAGCAAUCCUCAUUGGCCACCGCAAAUGUAAAAAACAAUGAAGAAAUGCUAUUAGUUUUAUGCUCUGCCAAUGCUGCACCGUUUUUGAAUACAACAACACAACAACACACCAAAGAUACGAUGGCAACGGCGGUGGCGACGACGACGACGACGACGAUGACGACGACGAUGACGACGACAUUAUCUGCCGUUGCGACAACAACCAUAACAAAGCAAUCGACGGAAAAUUUGGCCACAAAUGUAACGAGACAUCAACAUUUGCAUUAUGACAGUGAGUCAGACAGUGAUGACGAUGAUGCGACACAUAUUGCAUCGUCAACACAGCUCGAUAUCGAUUUGGCGACCGCACAUUUACCGCUGCACAAUAUACAUGGACCAGAUGUGGUCAAUAUCGAUGAAUUGGUGCUACAAAGUGACGUACAGUAUGACAUUCGAAAAAUUUUGAUUUCUUUAGCGAAUUCAUGUGCCUAUGUGAUCGGUGCCGGACCAUAUGCAACACGAAUCAUAAGUAUGCUGAAACAAAGACUCGUACAACGAAAACAACACGAACAAGACACACAACAAUGUCUCAUCGAAAUGGGAUUCUCGCGGCCAAAAGUACAACAUGCACUCAACAUCACGAACAAUGUAUAUGCGGCAGCCUUGGAAUGGUUAAUUGAAAAUCAAAGCCCAACGAACCCAUUAGUUGGCGCAGAAGAAUCGCCGGCCAUGAGUUUAUCCUCCAAGUUUACCAAUAAUGCAUCAAUCAAGGACAAUAUCGAGUCAUUGUUGGAAAUAAUUCGGAUUUAUUGUCAGCGGGAUUUACCACCGCCAGCCGAAAUGAUUCAAUUCAUUGUUGGCAUGGGUUUUGAUGAGGCUACCGCAUAUGAAGCGCUCAAAAUCACAAAAAAUCAUCAGUCAAAUGCAUGCGAGUGGUUGGUGGGCGAUCGAAGUAAAAUCAAUCAAUUUGAACAAAACGAUGGAUUGCCAAACGGUUCACCAAUAUUAGCCGCACUAUUAAACUCACCGCAUAUUCAGUUGAGCCUUUCAAAUCCGAAAAUUUUUAUCGCAUAUUUAUCGAUACUGGAAGACUAUGGAUCGAUGAGCAUGUGGAUGAAUGACAGUGAGACAUCAAGUGUGAUCGGCCAAGUACUGCGUACUUAUCAUGAAGAAAAGCAUAUAAUGGCCAUUAACCAAUUUUCACAAAAGUAACAUCCACUCAAACUCCUAAGCCAUACUCUGUAUAAUUUGUUAUGUAGUGAUCAUGUUACUCUUAAUGAGUAGAGUAUUGUGAAUAACAGCCACACAAACAAACCAAAGAAUAUUUUAGAGAAAAAAACCAAAAGAACUGCAAAAUAACAUUUAAUUUAAUGCAACAAAAAAACCAUCCUGAACAAAUAGGAAGUAGACUGUUUUGUGUACUGGAACCAUUUUGCAAAGCAAACAACUAGUCGAUUAAAAAUUAAUUUACAUGCACUUUUGCCGCUUUUUAAACAAGAACAACAGCAAACAAAACAUGACCGUAUUUGCAGGCAACGCUUUCGUAGUCAACUGUGGGCCAGUCGUGAAAAAUAGAUUUUACAAAUGGUAUAUUCUAACUAAUGUGACUUUGCCAUCCUCCCUCGAACUGGUUCAGAUUAUAUCGUAGCUAUUUAUUUUACAUUAAUUGCAAGUCCAGAAACACAUUAAACUGUGUGAUAAAUGCAUGUUAAAUAAUCGCCGAAAUUACCAUAAUUCAGUAUUCUGAAGAAGAAGAAAACAAAACGGAUUGUGCGUUUGUUCUUUUUUUUUUUCAAAGAUUUUAACAUUUGUAGAAUGUGUUUUUUUUUUAAAUGCCACUUUUAAUGGAAUUUUUUUUUCAUCAAAUUUUAAUUAAUCAAUGAUUUAAAGUAAAUAUUGCCAAGAUUUGGAUUAUUGUAGAUCUCGAAGAUUUUUUUGUUGGUUUUUGUCUCUGCAGAAUGAUAACAGUGAUAAUGUUUUUACUUUUACUCUAGGAUACAAUAAGAUCCUCCUAAAAAAAAGGUCGUACAAAAUUUCGAAUAACCUGCAAUGAAUUAUAAAUUAAUUGGUAGAAUGAAUUACAAAAUGGAGGCAAACAAAUGUUCUUUUAUGCCUGAGAGCUAAAUGAAUCAAAUACUGUAUUUUAGAGAGCUAACCAUUGUAAAUACGAAUAAAAUUUGGCUUGACUAUUUGAA